AUGCUCACGAUACAAUUCGGACAGUGCGGGAAUCAACUGGGAUAUAAUUUACUUUCGAAGGUGUCCACUGAUCUAAAAGGUUCUAAUACGGGCGUUUCUCAUGGCAGCAAUUACGAAUAUGCGGAAAACACUAUUGAGAAAUGGUUCGACGAGAUAGCAGCGGACGACCGGUGUUCUGCGAGAGCGAUUCUCGUCGAUACCGAAGAGAAGGUUCUGAGCAAGAUAUCUAAAGAAACUACCACGUCGUGGUUCUAUCGUUCAAGCAACAUCAUUUGCCAGUGUAAUAACGGUGGUGGUUCUGCCAACAAUUGGGCCUAUGGUUAUUGUAUAAAUGGCAAACAGUUGUCAAAUGCCAUUUUAAAUGUUACUCGACGACAGAUUGAGAAAUUAGAUCGUUUCCAGGGAUUUCUUCUGCUUCUUAGUUCAGCUGGAGGCACAGGAUCUGGUGUUGGAAGUCGCAUGGUUGAACUUCUACGAGAAGAAUAUAUAACUAAAACCAUUAUUGCUACGAUUGUAUUACCAUUUACCUUUGGAGAAGUGUGCAUCCAAAACUAUAACACAAUACUAACUCUAGCAAAGUUCUGCAGCAAAGCUGAUCUUUCAGUGUUAUUUGAGAAUGAGAAGAUAUAUGCUACAUGUGUCAAAUUGUUGCAAAAUUCCAGUACAGCAUUACAUGAUAUGAAUGAUGUUAUUGCUGAAAAUUUGCUUGCUGUGUUUCAACCUACUAAUAAUGCCAGAUAUAACGCAAAUUCUUUAGUAUACGAUGUAGCAGCACAUCCAAAUUUUAAAUUUGCAACCAUCAAGAGCACUCCAUAUAUUCCUGUAACAUCUCUACAGUAUGAACCCACGCACAAAUGGGAUGUGUACAUACGUCAUUUGGAGCAUGCUCUUCAAGUAUCAAAGUCUCAAACAGAACUAACAAAUAGCCGACUAAAGAAGGCAAGUGCUUCAAUGAACAGUAAUAUGUCUUUUACGUAUAGUUCCUGUGUGUCUAAUGUUCUUGUGACACGUGGCAAAUCUAUAGGAGAAGAUAUUGUAAUGACGAGAGAUCUACACAAAAAGCAUCUGUAUCCAGACUGGAAUACAUUACGUCCAUUCACUCAUUUACACCAAGAACGUAGGAUCCUGAAUCGAAACAAAUUUCUAACAUUAGUCACAAACAAUUCAGAGAUACAUCAGCCAUUAGGAAUAUACUUGGAUAAAGCAUGGAAUUCUUACAAAUGUGCAGCUUUCUUACACCAAUAUAAACAGUUUGGCUGUGAAGAAGAUGAUUUUUUGCAAGCUUUCGCAGUAGUUGAGAACAUUGCGCAGGAAUAUAAGAAUUUAAAGAGGCAAAAUGGAAAUUAA